AUGGGUGAUAUUCCGGAUCAAGCAAGCCCCUUGGCCAAGGACGUGCUCCUGCUGCUUCUCUCGGCGGCGGAGAACCCGGCGUGGACCCGGAGGGUCUCGGAGCGCUUCCCCGGCCUCCAAGUCCGCUGGGUCGACAGCCGGAAGCCCGGCGGCGGCUACAUCCAGCCAGACGAGAUCCCGGAUGGGGUGUGGGACGGCGUCACCAUCUUCUACUCGUACCUGCCCGCGUCCCCGAGCCGCAUGUCCAAGGUCCGCUUCGUGCAGGUGUCGUCCGCCGGCGUCGACAAGUGGGUGGACCACGAGGUCUACAAGAACCCGGACGUUGCCUUCUGCACGACAAACGGGUGCCAAUCGCCGCAGAUCGCCGAAUGGGUCAUUGGAACCUGGCUAUCGAGCCAGCAUCACUUCCUGCGCUAUGCCAACAACAUGAAGGAAGGCUUUUGGGAGAGCCCGCUAGCCGUCGAGGUCGAGGACUCGGUCAACCUGCGGAUGGGCAUCCUGGGCUACGGCGCCAUCGGCCGCCAAUGCGGCAAGAUCGCGCAGGCGAUGGGGAUGGAGGUGUACGCCUACACGCGGAGCGAGCGGUCGACGCCAGCGUCCCGCAAGGACGACAGCUACUGCAUCCCCGGCACCGGAGACCCGGACGGGUUGAUUCCGACCAAGUGGUUCCACGGCGCGUCGAGGGAGUCCGUCAACGCCUUCCUGGCCCAGGACCUCGACAUCCUCGUCCUGGGCCUGCCGCUCACCGAGGAGACCAAGGGGCUGUUCGGCAGGGAGCAGUUCGAGAUCCUGUCGAGGCGCAGGACCUUCGUCUCCAACAUCGCCCGGGGCCCGCUGGUCCAGAACGACGCCCUCAUCGAGGCCCUCGAGACGGGCAAGAUCCGCGCCGCGGCGCUCGACGUGACGGACCCGGAGCCGCUUCCCAAGGACCACCCCUUGUGGAAGGCACCCAACAUCUUCAUCACGCCCCACGUCAGCUGGAGGACGAAGGUGCAUUGGGAGCGAGUGCUGGGCCUUCUGGAGGCCAACCUGGAGCGGCUGCACACGAGACAGCCUCUCAUCAACGUUGUCAACAGGUCCCUGCACUACUAG